UAUAUGCUCUAAUGUAAGCCGUGAUGCCGACCCAUGAUGCCGACAAUAAGCCAAGUGGCCAAAAUUCGAACUACGUAACUAUUCGGCCAUUUUCGUAAACGAAACGAAAGUGGAUGGCGUCCGUUGACAAACGUUGAUGCAACGAUACAGACUUCACACGGGUAUAAAUCCGUUUCAAUCGCCAGUUUUUUCGUGAGCUAGUGAGAUUUUAGUGUCGAUUAUCGGAACAUAAGUGUCAAAAUGUCGAUCGGGGUGCCAAUUAAAGUACUUCACGAAGCCGAAGGUCACACUAUAACCUGUGAAACUAAUACCGGCGAGGUUUACCGCGGAAAGUUAAUAGAAGCCGAAGACAACAUGAACUGUCAAAUGCAAAACCUGACCGUCACUUAUCGCGAUGGACGCGUAGGCCAGCUAGAGAACGUUUACAUUAGGGGCUCAAAAAUAAGGUUCCUUAUAUUACCGGAUAUGUUGAAAAAUGCCCCGAUGUUCAAAAGACCCGGUGGCAAAGGCGCCGGCACUGCGGGCAGAGGAAAGUCCGCAAUACUACGGGCACAAGCACGGGGCAGGGGACGAGGUCAAAACCAGAGAGGCAGAGGCACGGGUUCGGCCCCUUGGUUGAAUCAGCAAAACCAACCAGGAGGUUCACAACCUGGAAGAGGAAGAGGAUAAAUGUUAUAAGGAUCAUUUUUGUUUAUCAUUAUAUCUAGUGCACUAAAGUUUAUUUAGUUCAUACUUUUAUAAGGGAUGUAAAAAAUAAUUCCAUGUAAACGUAAAUUGAAACCAAACAUGCCUGUGACAAUAUGUGUAGGCAGUGAUCACUAAUGAUAAUAACAAUGUAAAUUAAUAAGUAUUCAAAAAUUUAAUGUCAUUGUGUUUACUCCCUUAGGACUUUGAACAAGAAAACAGACCUGGUGGAGAAUACAACUGUCUUGCUGUA